GCGGAAGCCGGCCUGUUUAGCAAAGGAUGCAUGAUGUCCUUGCCUUCAUAAUUUUUGGGUUAUCGUGGAUUAAAAACUCAAACUGUAUUCGGCGGAAAUCACUGUUUUCUUACCGGAUUUGACUGUGUAAAACGCUCCAUUAUGCCUCUUCAUAAAUACCCCCCCAAACUCUGGAAUGCCCUGAAGAUGAAGCAGGGCAUCUAUGCUCGUCUUCCUAAACACUACCUUAAGUCCCUUGAGAUGAAAGAGCCCAGCCCUGUCCAUUGGAGACCUCUGGGAGUCCAGUACCGAGCCAACCCAACGACAGGGCAGAAGGAACGGGUGCAGGAUGUCCCAAUUCCCAUCUACUACCCUCCAGACUCACAGGAUGGCCUGUGGGGAGGAGAGGGCUGGAUAUCAGGCUUCAGAUACGCCAACAAUGACAAGUUGUCGAAUCGUCUGAAGAAGACCUGGAAACCGCAGCUGUUCAAGAGAGAGCUGUACAGCGAGAUCCUUGACCACAAGUUCUCCAUCACAGUCACAGCUCGCACUCUGGACCUCAUCGAUGCUGCCUACGGAUUCGACUUUUAUAUUCUGAGGACAUCAAAGGAAGACCUGAACUCCAAGCUGGGGAUGGACCUGAAGAGGGCCAUGUUGCUUCGCCUGGCACGCAAAAAUACAGAUCUUUACCCCAACGACCCUGUGAAAAGAGAGGAGGUCUACAACAAAUACAAGCAGUUUGAGAUCCCUCAGGAGGAGGCUGAGUGGUUGGGUCUGAAUCUGGAGGAGGCCCUAGAGAAACAGAGGCAACUGGAGCACAAGGAGCCGGAGCCUCUGUUCAAGGUUUAUGUGGACAAGCUGGUGGAGGAGCUGCGCGUCCAGAAACUGUCAGAGCCACACCUCAUAGAGAAGAAGUGAUGGCCUGAACCGUCUCAGCAGGACCAGAGGCAGCGUUUCAGACUGAAAAAGUCAGUAGGUUGAACUGUCAAACUUCUCCAGAUGGUGGUGGGAGUCACCAAGUUUCUGAAACAUUUUCAGUACUGAUUGUACACCUGCGAGAGCUUCCUGCAGUUUCACGUUUCCUUCUGGGGGCGACACAAAGGUGGAAGCGACACACAUGUUGGAGCUUAUUUAUUUCCCCUUGCAAUUAAGAUCCAUACUUAAGACGUUUUAGGGGUUAAGGGAGAAGCCUCCAUCAGUGUAAAUACUACCCGACCAGCUGUGAUAUAAGAUAUAAAAUAAAAUAUUACUGUUUUUUUUGUUAAACCUUGU